AGUUAUACUUUGUUUUAGUGCAUGUCACUCGUUACGAAUUUGUGCUUGUUUUGACAAUGGAAGAGUCAGCCAGAUUGCCAAUGCUUUCAGUAAAGGAUCACCGCGAUGAAAAGCAUCGGAAACGUCGUUCCCAUCGAGAAGAAUCAGAAUAUCACUAUGGUUCUAGUUAUUAUUAUCAAGAAUCCAGCAACCACUCGGGACAUGUAGAUAAAUACGAUGAUAAUUACUACCGAAAUAGGUAUCCAAAGUCAUACGACCAACAAGAAGACCACAUUCGUCGUCACAAAAAGUCUAAACACCGCAGUCCCAGCUGUGAUACGCAUCAUGAAUGUAAACGGUCUCAUCAUGAAAAAAAAUCUCACAAGACUAGGAAACAUCCCGAAGAUAAUCAUAAAUCCAUCUCAGGCACUGAAAACAAAUCUUUAGUACUAGUUGACAAUGAAGAAGAUGAGGAAGAGAUUAUCAGACGAAGACGUAUUGAAAGACAAAAGUUGUUAGAAAAGUUAGAGGUCGGAAAUCAAGGAGAAGCCCCAAUCGCUAAACUCGACAGCGAUCCCAAUCAUCAAGUUAUUCAAGCAGACAGUUUGACGGAUAUGGUCACGUUUGAUGAUACUGAAGACUUCGAUUUUGAGAGGUUUGUCCAGGCUAAGUUAGAAUGUAUCAAAAUGGCUCCAACUAGUACCUCAGACCAACCGAGCUCACCAAGUGGUCGUCUAUCCGGUGUUCAAGCUCCAGCCGCAAUGGCACUUCAAGAUAAAAGAAGAAAUGACCCAAAUAUCUCUGGACAUAACAAUUCCAAACCCUCUACAUUUGAUAUGUUUGCUGAGGAAUUCGAAGUCGAGCUGCAUCAUGCUCCAGGGACAAUGGCAUUGGGGGCUAUGGCCUCUGAAAAUCAUGCCCUCUCCGACAAUUGGGAUGAUGCUGAAGGUUAUUACCGUGUUCGCAUUGGUGAAGUUUUGGACAAGCGUUAUGCUGUUUACGGAUAUACUGGUCACGGAGUGUUUUCUAACGUUGUUAGGGCGAGGGACAGUGCUCGGGGCAAUUUAGAGGUGGCAAUCAAGAUAAUAAGAAACAAUGAUGUAAUGCACAAAUCAGGUCUAAGGGAACUAGAAGUUCUUAAAAAACUCAACGAUGCUGACCCACAAGAUCGUUUUCAUUGUCUGCGACUUUAUCGUCACUUUUUCCAUAAAAAUCAUCUAUGCAUGGUGUUCGAGUUGAUGAGUCUAAAUCUUCGAGAGGUUCUGAAAAAGUACGGACGUAAUAUUGGGCUGCAUAUUGCUGCUAUACGCUCAUACACUCAGCAGCUUCUGUUGGCUUUGAAGCUGAUGCGCAAGUGUGGUAUUUUGCAUGCGGACAUCAAGCCUGAUAACAUACUUGUAAAUGAAAACAAAAUCUUGCUUAAGUUGUCUGAUUUCGGAUCAGCAUCUACUAUACAGGAUAAUGAUAUCACGCCUUAUCUUGUUUCACGUUUUUAUCGUGCUCCAGAAAUAAGUAAGUUUCUUGUUAUAUGGUAUUUUGUAACAUGCUUUUUAAUACUACCUUUGAUUUUUUAAAAUUAAAUACUGACAUUUUUCUACUUUCUGCAUUUUUUGCGUAUUCGGCGUGAUAUCAGCCAAUGGAAAUCAGUCGCCACCAUGAACUUGCUAUUCAAUAAUCGUGGUCAAGAUAUGGAGUAUUGUGACGAUACUAGUGGGGCUGUCUUCUUGCUACCUUUAGCGAGGGUAAUCUUUCUUAUGCGCUCCUUAGUGAAUUUUACGUUUUUUAAAACAUUUUAUUUUCUUAUUUAGUUCAAACUGAUAGGGUUCCUGGUUUAUAUAUUUUUGUCCUGAAUCUGCUUGACUCCUUUCAUCAUCUAUGCACAAGGCUGUGAUGGUCACGAUUAGCGGGUUAAUUAGCUUAGGUUUAUCGCUACUGACUUGUGAUAUCGACAUCGUAAUACUUGAUGGGUUUUCCGAAGCGAAUAUGGUAAUGUUUUGUGAAUAAAAGCUCUCAUUCAAGCAUGAUGAGUCUGUAUCGUGUAUCCUAUGUUUAAGGAGUAUGUAGUUUAAAAGAUUUCGACAUGUUGUUACAUCUGUUUUUAGUUACAGCUUUAUGAUUAGUGUACACGUCAAAUGCCCCUAAUAAGUAUUUUUUAAAAGUCAAGUUUGCUAAAUCUUACUGACCGUAGAUGAAUAGUAUGUGGUUACUAUAUUUACGCUAGUUCUCGUCAGCUUCUCAGUCAUUUAUUUGCCCUCAGUAUUAGUUGGUUUGUUUAGUAUCCAUAGUUCCCUCAGUAGUACAUACGGUUAGUUAACCAUGAAACUUUCGUGAAGAUCUGAUGGUUAUUUAUAGUUAUCUCAUACUUUAAGUUCAUAGCAGCCACGGGCUCACGUACUGUACGAAUAAUUAUUACAUUCGGCUGAUGAUGAUUACAAAGUUCUUUUGUUUCUCAUUUCAUUUAAGAAAGCAUUUGUAAAGAAUUUGAGUAUAUUUUUUAAUAAUAGUCUUAAUAAUAUAUGGGGUUCGCUAUAUUACUGUUCUCAUCACUUAACUAAUUGAGCGUCUUUGGCUGGUAAUAUCGUUCUAUGUAAAAUUGUUGGUUUGUUUCUUUGUCCAAUAUGUUUAUAAAUUAGUAUAACAACAAUUCAUUAUCCAACUAUUGUGUGCAAUAAUAACAAUCAUUUCACCAAGUCAUCUAAAAUACUUUUUAAUAAAGUGUUCCUUUUGAUUUCUCCAAGAUUUCACACAUAAUAACUUAAUAGCCAUAUUUUUUAAAUCGGCUAACACGACUUUAAAACAAUUUAGUGAUUGAUGGACUCAACUUUCAACAUUUUUUUUGCCGCGUAGCGUCGCCAGUUCCCACAAGGUGUAGCCCAUCAGUCGGAUACCUGAAUCCGUACCUGGUUAAUGGCUUACAUUAAUGUCGAGAUAUAAUCGCCUGUUCAUCUCACUUAAUAACUAUAUGAGAUAGACUUUUGUUACAUUUUGAUUCUACAGAUGUAACCUGAUGGACAUGUUUUCAUAAUAACCGAGUCACCGUGGAUCGUUCAAAAUCAUUUUCAAUCAAAAUCUUGGUGUUUGAUAUUUGUUUUAGUUUUAGGUGUUCCUUACGACUACAAUGUGGAUUUGUGGUCUUGCAGCGUAACUCUAUUUGAGUUACAUACUGGACAAAUUAUGUUUCCAGGAAAGACUAACAAUGAAAUGUUGCGUUUAAUGAUGGAAGUCAAAGGACGUAUACCAGGUCGUGUGAUCCGCCGUGGAAUGUUUCGCGCACAGCAUUUUGAUGAACAGUGCAAUUUCCUCUAUCAUGAAGUGGACAAAGUAACACAAAAGGUUUGCUGACUUAUGUAAAGAUCUAUGUUUAUGAAUUUAAAAGCUAUAACGCGUAUUUUAAUCUCAUAUAUGUAUUGAUGUUGUUCUUAAUCCCUUCCACUAUUAUUAUUAUUAUUACUAUUAUUAGGUCAGAUGAUUUUAUCGCUUCCCAUGCAAGUAUAUCUAAGUUCUACCACUUUCCAAUUGUGUGGAUCUAUUAGAUUUUCAGUUAAUCAUGCUGUCUAAAUGUGCUUUAUUCCUAUUAAUAAAUGAUUAACAUACAGGUUAUCAUUUUGGUACAUUUACCUGGGAUAAAUGUGACUACUUGUGUUCCUGGCCGGCUAAUGAUUUGUGAUAAUAUAAUGUUGCACCAUCUGUGCAAUGUCGUAACAUUGAAAUGCGCAUAAGAUUAGACAUUAAGAAAUUCACUCUACUAACUAUGUAACAUCUAGGAUAAAUGGCUGUGAUUUCAUAAUUUAAUAUUUCCAAUUGUCUCGCUUAUCAGGUAAAAUCUUUGGAGUUAAUCAGAUCAGGCAGUUAAUAUGACGAUUGUCUCCACUCUUCUCAAUAAUUUCAUGCACUGAGAGAUAAUUUUCGGAUCUUAGUUCCCACAAAUACUCAAUUUUGAUCUACCUAAAUUACCUUGCAAAUUUUGCCAGGUUAGUUAAUGUAUAUAAUAUCAACGCUUAUUUAGAUUUCCAACCUAGUAGCUAAAAAAUUUUGUUAUAGUUCGCAACUCUCAUAUCCUGUGUUUAUUUUUUUUACCAAAAAUCGAGUACUUGUAAGACUUCAGAUAAAUCAAUGUCAAUCAUUUCAGUGUUCUUCGUAUCAUUCCUGAAUUUUAAACAAUAUUCAGUAGUUGUGAAAGUCUAGUAUAUGUAAAGUAUGUUUUUAAAUAAUUUGCCGAUGUUUAUUUUGUUUAUCUGAUCUCUUAACCACUCCCUCGGGUUGUUCGUUUUCAUGAAAUGUUCUGAAAACUUACAUUCAGUUGACGAGUCUCGAAUAGAAUGAAACGCGCGUCCUGGAUUCCACUGCUAGCCACCGUCCAUUUUUACUGAAAAUUUAGUUAUUUGCCAAACUGCUGCUUAAUAGAAAGUGUUCAAGAUUUUCAUUAACUGGAAUGAAAACGCUAUUCUACUUAUUAUUAGUCGUCUAUAUGUUGCUUAUUUCGUUUUAGGAGAAAAUGACGGUAAUUCGUAAUUUGCAGCCAACAAGAGACCUAAUGACAGAUCUAAUUGGUCAAUCGAAGCUAAGUGAACCAAUCUUCCGCAAAGUAACACAGUUUCGCGAUCUUCUCGAAAAAACUUUAAUGUUGGAUCCUACUCGUCGUAUUUCUUUAAAUGAAGCUUUGCAACACCCAUUUAUUACCGAGCGUAUGUCUGCCGCAACAGAAUCAGCUAAUCCUACACAGUGAAGUGGUUUUUGUUCACAUUGCAAUUACACUGUAUACAAUGUAAAUAAAAAUUUUCGUUAUUCAAAACCUAAGUUUGUACUGUAAAUAUGCCAAAAAUCCUUUAAAAUCUUAUUGACUUUUGCUUUGUGGGG